GACGCCCACGAGAGACUCCAACAUGCCGGUCACAAGUUGUUCUCCCGCCCCACCCUGCCGGACUUUACAGGGUCAGCUGUGGCUGCAUCACUAAACUUUUCACGGGACUCCGAGUGGAGUGACCGCGCAGUCCGCCGCAGCCAUGCAAAACAGUCAGAAAGAACACUUGUACAAAAUCCUAGUUAUCGGCGAUUUAGGUGUGGGCAAGACCAGCAUCAUUAAGCGCUAUGUUCAUCAGACGUACUCGACGAACUACAGAGCCACGAUCGGAGUGGACUUCGCCCUCAAAGUUCUCAGCUGGGAGUCGGAGACUGUGAGACUGCAGCUCUGGGACAUAGCAGGUCAGGAGCGAUUUGGGAACAUGACACGGGUUUACUACAGAGAGGCCAUGGGGGCGUUCAUUGUUUUCGAUGUCACCAGACCCGCAACAUUUGAAGCAGUCACCAAAUGGAAGGAGGACCUGGACUCAAAGUUGACACUUGCCAAUGGCAAAAGCAUUACCACAGUGCUUCUGGCCAACAAGUGUGACCAAAGCAAAGACAUUCUGGUCAAUAAUGGUCUGAAAAUGGACCAGUUCUGCCAAGAAAAUGGAUUUGUGGGAUGGUUUGAAACCUCAGCCAAGGAAAAUCUAAACAUCAAUGAAGCUGCAAACUUCCUGGUCAAGCACAUCAUUGCCAGCGAGAACGAUAUUCUCAAAUCAGUGGUUCCUGACACCAUUUCACCUCAACUGACCACAACUACAAAGAUGAGCUGCUCUGCAUGUUUCAAACCCUAACGUCUGGCCAGGAGGUGGAUUCAGGCUCAGCAGCUGGGAAGAACCAAAAGACAAGAUGUCAUUUUCUCCCACUAUAUCUGUAACCAUACGAUCUAAGCAGGACAUCAAAGAUAAAUGUGUCUGAAUGCAACACAAAGUCCAGUUACA